AUGAUCGUGCUGAAGCAGUGGGCAGAACACCCGUCUAGCCCCGCGGACAAGUCCAUUCUCAUCGAAGAUUUCACCUUCUCAUUCCCUUUCCUACUCUACUCUCAGAACGAUCUCGCAUGGGACGCCUUCGAUUCUGACAAGCCGCACCAACUCAAACACAUGCAUAACGUCGCCAAUCUCAUUCGAUCUGGCCAUUAUUCCUCGAUCAUCAAUCCUCUUCACGCUUGCACUUCAAACCACUGGCUUGCCGCGAAGAUCGAUCUCCAGAAUAAGCAUUUGCUUGUUGGCGAUUCUCUCGUUCGCCAUUCAAGGCCGAUUGAUGUCUCGGACAAGGAUUGGAAGGGCUAUAACCGUCUGGCCAACAAACUCGGCGCCACCCUUGAUUCGAAAGCUUACCAGCUUCCACACGAGGUUCAAGAUGACGGUUAUUCCUGUGGCGACGUCACAUUCAAUACCAUCGAACAUGCGGUUUUUCCGAAUGUCGCACCAUGGGAUCCUAUGUACAAGGCCGCUCUCCGUGCGGAGUGGGCCUUAUUCUUAGUCACUCGUCCUGGCAGUUUCUUCUCGCUGGAGGACCUAGGACUGUCUGCCGAUAUCAUUCAAGCCCGUCAUGAUGGUCGACGUCUUUCGCACCAUGAGACUGUGUUUCGCCCUCUUUCUGCUCCGCGUUCACCACCCUCGCCCCCGGCUCCUAUCGCUACUCGCUCAUCAUCCCCAUCUGACUCAGUCACCUCUUCUGGCUCCUCUUUCAUCUUUGUCGGUUCCGACGGCGACUCUGAUGACAACGAUGGAGACGAUUCAUUGGAUGAGCUUUUCGGUGCUGUCUAUGGCUUUGGAACCUCCCACACAUCACCUUCAUUCUCUCCGCUUCUGACUUCCCCUAUCACCUCUAUGCUCCCAUCAUCAUCGCCUCCGCGAUCUUCGCCAGAACUCGAACAACCUCACGAUCUCAAACCAGUGCCACCUCAAUUACAGCAACACAGCCUUCCUCGUCGUAUCAAUACAAAGGCCAGCCAGCAAACGCUCACCCAGUUCUUCAAGAAGGUCUCUCGUGAGGACGCUGAACGGGAACGGCUUGCAACAAGGGCCGAGCGUGAGGAGGAAGAGAGAGAGAGAAGAGAGUCCAUCAGGCGCCAAGAGGCACUGCGAGCACUGCGUCGAGCAGAGCGAACAAGAGCGAAGAAUCGGCUGCGGAAACAAGAUUACCGGUGUCGGCAGAAGGAGAAGAAGCGUCUAGAGAAGGAACACAUCGAGGAGGAGCGCCUCGAGAAGGAGCACCUCAAGAAGGAGCGCCUCGAGAAGGAGCGGCUGGAGAUGGGGCGCAUUGAGAAGGAGCGGCUGGAGAAGGAUCGAUCAGCGACAGAGCGGGAGCUUGUCGAUGCCAUUGUCAUUGCAAGCUACGCAUCUACCUGGACGACUGACAAGUCAGUUGAUGCUAUCCAGGCGUAG